AUCUUCUUCACACGUGGCCUAACCAAAUACAAAUUCAGAUUAAUGAAAUUAAUUGGAUCUGAAAAGUGAUCAAACUAAUCACAUGCAAAGUCCAACAAGAACAAGCAUUAUUAUAGCAUCUUACCUCCCUUAGUUAUCUACCAAAAUCAUCAAGUUAAUCCUUUUUUCGUCAUGAUCAAAGCCAAAAAGUACCUUUUAUGCUCCAUAGAAAAGGGAUAAUUAGAUCAAGAACAUUUAUAAAGAAGAUGGAUAAUUCUCUCACAACGAGAUCUCGCAAUAAAUUUUGGUUUGUUUUCUUCUUUUUGUUUGUUUCGUGGUACUUAUUGCUAUAUGGAAUUGAUUGGUCUUCUCUACCUGGUUUUGUAACAACCUCCCGAUACGAAGCGAAUUCAAUUGAAUCCGCUCGUCAGACGUUCAUUCCACCUCCACCUCAUCGCGAAGAUGAUAAUGUUAGCUUCGAUUCCAAUUCUUCGAGUACUAUUGAUGAUGCCACCAACAUUGAUGAUACAAAGGACGAGCCGCGGUCCAAGGAGGACGAAUCAUCCUCUAAUGAUAACGACAAUGUGGUGGUGCCUGAUUUGGAGGAACUCGAGAAGGAAUUGGAACCUUUGUUAAGAAAAGACGAACCUCAAAAAGAAGAAGUAAAAAAGGUUGAGAAAAUCGAAAGAGAAGGCGAUACAAAAGAAGAAAAAUCGUGUACAGGACGAUAUAUUUAUGUUGCAAAAAUACCUAGUAAGUUCAACGAAGACAUACUGAAGCAAUGUAAAUUGUUGAACAAAUGGUAUGAUAUGUGUCAAUACUUGGUGAACAUGGGACUUGGUCCUGAUCUUGGAAACCCCCAAAGGGCUUUUUCGAAUAAAGGUUGGUUUACCACGAAUCAGUUCUCGUUAGAAGUCCUGUUUCAUAACAGAAUGAAGCAGUACGAGUGUCUGACGAAUGAUUCCUCGGAAGCAUCAGCAGUUUUCGUGCCAUACUAUUCAGGGUUCGAUAUAGCGCGGUACUUAUGGGACGACUUGAAUACAACAAAGAGGGAUGCAGGCUCAGUUGAGGUAACGAAAUUUCUUAAAGAAAAACCCGAAUGGAAGACAAUGUGGGGCAGAGAUCAUUUCAUGAUUGCAGGGAGAAUUACUUGGGAUUUUAGGAGAGGUGUUGAAGAGGAUGCAUCUUGGGGGAGCAAGUUAAUGUGGUUGCCCGAGACAAAGAACAUGACAAUCUUGACAAUCGAAUCGAGUCCUUGGCACAUGAACGAUUUCGCGAUCCCAUACCCUACAUAUUUCCAUCCUUCGAGUGACAAUGAUGUGGUCCAGUGGCAGAACAGGAUGAGGAGGUUAAGGAGGAGGAUGUUGUUUUCGUUCGCUGGGGCUCCACGUCCUCAGAUUGAUGAAUCAAUCAGAGGCGAAAUCAUGGAACAGUGCUCGGCCAGUAGGCGAAAAUGCAGGCUCUUGGAGUGCAAGGACACAAACAACAAAUGCAACAAGGCGGUACCUGUCAUGAGACUCUUUCAAAGUUCAGUUUUUUGCUUACAACCCUCGGGAGAUUCAUUCACUAGGAGGUCCACAUUCGAUUCGAUUUUAGCUGGUUGUAUACCGGUGUUUUUCACUCCGGCUUCUGCGUAUGUUCAAUAUAUAUGGCAUUUACCAAAGAAUUACACCUCAUACUCGGUGCUAAUUCCGGAAGAUGAUGUUAAGGAAAAAAAAGUGAGCAUUGAAAAUGUACUGUCAAAAAUACCAAGACAACAAGUAGCAGCAAUGAGAGAGGAAGUGAUAAAGCUUAUACCAAAUGUGGUUUAUGCAGACCCAAGAUCAAGAUUGGAGACUGUUGAAGAUGCAUUUGAUUUGGCAGUCAAAGGGGUUCUUGAACGGGUGGAUGUAAUGAGAAAAGAGAUGAGACAAGGCAAGAAUUCUAGUAUGGUGUUUGAUGAAGAAUAUAGUUGGAAGUAUUUUACUUUUGGGACUAUAGAAAAACAUGAGUGGGAUCAUUUCUUUUUGAGAACCAGCAAAUGGAAGAACUAAAUCAUUUCUCAAAAUCCUUGCAAGUUAGUUGUAGUCUCUAGCUUGCUAGUUUUAUGUAAAGUAUGUAUAUUUUAUCUCUAUCUUUUUUGUACCCUAUCUCUUAUCUUUUUUGUACCCUACAGAGUUUUUUUUCCUUCUUUUAAAGAUUUUUACACGGUUUGAACA